UUCGCUCGGUCAGGCCUCACCCUGCACGUCUCGCUGCGUUGCUCAUCGAAACAGAAUGUGGGAAGUGAUGAUGUAAUAUAUUAGUUAUAGCUUUUCACCGGAAGACAGAAUCAUAAAUCACAGCACAGCACAUUGCACGGUCACCGGGCUCCGGUUACGGAUGCGGCGGAAGAACUUGCCAAACAGGUUGUGUAACCGCCUCCCGAAGCAGAAACAACACCUGGAUUAGCGGCUAUAUAAACGCGCGUCGGUCUUCCCGAAAGCAGGAAACCAAGAGAACGGCACGGACACGCAACUACACGCGCCGCUCGCCAGAUUAGACAGCCCCAGCCAAUCCCUGCCGCGGCAUUACGAACAGGCAGACGCUUCUUUAAGCCGAUCAGCCCGGAAUUUAAAGCAGGUCACUCCCAGAGCCAGAGCCAGAGGAGAGGCAAACGAGACAAGAAACUCUGCUUUUGUGUUCGAGAAGGGGGGAAAAACUAUUCUUGCCAAGAUGAUGCAGCUCGAGCUCGAGCCUUCCUCCACCCAGAAAAACUCCCUCUUCAACGCCAUGAACCGCUUCAUCGGCGCCGUGAACAACAUGGACCAGACCGUCAUGGUGCCCAGCCUGCUGCGGGACGUCCCGCUGGAGGAGGACAGGGAGAUGAUGGGCUCCCUGAAGUCGGACGACGAGGAGGAGGGGGACAUGUACAGCUACUACCAGCUGCUCAAGUCCAUCCGCAGGGACAUCGAGUGGGGCGUCAGGUGCGCCGCGGCCGACGAGCGGCUCAAGGAGGGCAUGAAGAUCACCCGCAUGAACUCGUCCACGUCCACCUCGUCGUCCGCGUCGUUUUCAUCCGAGGAGGACGAAGAGUCGGAGGACGAGGACCUGAAGGCGCAGUUCCAGUACCACCUGACCGGGCUCCAAGGGGUCCUGUCCAAGCUCACGGUCCAAGCCAACUCGCUCACCAGGCGCUACAAGAAGGAGAUCGGUAUCGGAGGAUGGGGCCAGUAAUCUUCCAGGCCACAUAGAUUUUCAAGGCCAUACUUUUUUAUAUGUUAUUUUCGUUGUUACACUGGCUGAAAUGACUUUUCCUCAACAGGCCUUUCUGCUGCUGCUGCUGCUGCUACUGAUGAAAUUUACGGACAAACAUUUGAAUGGUAGUGAAAAGGGCAGCUUAUUUCUCCCUACAGGCCUCCGUGGUGUUGGUCUACUCUGUGGUAUUUUACUGUAGAUGUGUUGAUCCCAAAAAGGAAAGCUGUUGUGUAUCAAAACUCUCAUAUUUUUUGCACUCCAGAAGGGUUGUACACAGCACGCGCUCUGCGGUGAGACACAGAUGACACAUAUUUAAACCAUAUUUAAUGUAUUUAUUACCUCACACUGUAUGUCUGAGAGCCAAAUGUUAUUUCAAAGUUGGAGAAGAAGUGGACUGCAUGAACUACAGGACCUGUCAUCUGAACCGCCCCCCCUCCUCUCUGACUGUAAAGGAAGGGUGGGGGGGAUACUGACACAGGACUUAGCUUCCUUCAUGUGAUGCUAAUGAUGUCAGUGUGUUCACGUGUAUUUUGUCUGCGUACGACCAGUCCUCCUAUCUAACACUUGUCUUGUGUCUUUUUGAUUUGUGCUUGCAUGGAGGGAGGCAGAUGCUCGCUGCUUUUAGCGCCGCCUAUGAUCUCCUAAUGUCCUACAUGGUCAGUGAACCAGAACCAGCCGAUAAUAACUCAUCUGCAUAAGAGAAUAAUGGGGUCCCAACAAGAUGCCGUGUUGUUAUUGCUGUGUGUUUUUGCCAGUCAGUGGAGACGUCCAUCUGUCGACAAGAAGCUUUUUCUACGCACCUUUGGCACCACUGUGUUUUUUUUGUACUAAUAUUUGUUUCUAAAAUAAAACUUUUAUACAAACUCA